GUAUGAGCAGUAAGAGAAUUAAAUAUGGCGUCUGACCGAUUUUUUCCCUCUGCCAACUACUACGAGGAUGAGAUUACGUGUUUCCGCGAAGCAUACAUGCUGAGGCUCUUUGAAGGAUGGAGGCUAAUGUUGACACAGUUGAUGACACCGUAGGAGACCCCUACAGCUUUGAAUCAGAUCAUGUUGCCUUGAAAAGUAAUUCUGAUUACCAUACUUUGCUUCGGACUAUUUGCAUCCUUGAAGCGCAGCGUUCUCAAGCAUUGAAAGAUCUGGAAGUACUUUAUGAAGAACAAGAAAAGGCACUGAAAGAUCCAAUUGGUUUUGUGGAAAAACUACAGAAAGGUGAAGUGAAACUGCCAUCUCGGCAGAAAAUAGUACCUCUUCCGGUUAUUAACUGGGAGAAGUAUACCAGUAAAGCAGAUUUGACUUCACUUAGCUCUCAUCGGCAUUCAACUCGAAACAAACGUAGUGCAACUGAAUCAGCUGAGGAAGAGAGGCUUCAACGUCUCAAGCUGAAGCUAACAGGCAAUGUAAGUGGGAGCAGUGUAGCUGAUAUAGGACAAAGCCUUGAUGGAAUACAUACUGUAGUGCGUGGGCGCAUUAAAGAUGAGACAAAGUCAACAACAUUCAAUCAGCUAUGGACUGCCGAAGAACAGAAAAGGCUUGAAGAACUUCUGAUACGUUAUCCCCCUGAGGAAAUUGAGGCCAGACGAUGGGAGAAAAUAGCACAAGCCUUAGGAAAUAGAACAAAGGAACAGGUAGCAAGCCGUGUGCAGAAGUACUUUAUCAAGCUUGCCAAUGCCGGUCUACCAGUUCCAGGAAGAGUCCCUAAACCACCUACAAAUGUGAGACGGGGAAGCCAUCGCCAUCAUCGUUUCAACCGCAUGUACUAUCCUUCUUCCACUUUCCUGCAAGCUCAUGAACCUCCAGUUUAUAUGAAUGACGAUGAAGACAGCUUUGACAGCUGGCAAGAAAACCAUUUUGAGUCGUGCACUCCUUCAGAUGAUCCGUCAAGUGCCCAGGAUGACACGGAUGAGGAUAGUGCACCUGACGACAUGAAGUUCUCUCCAGAGUUUACUGAACUUGCAUAUCUGAAGCAGCUACGAGCUCGGCAUCUCCAGAAAACUGACUCAUCACUAGAACAACAUAUAGGCUUUAAGUGUGAUAAAUGUGAGUGCCAGCCAAUUAUAGGAACAAGAUGGCAUUGUAUAGACUGUCCAAAAGAUACAUCAGUUGACUUCUGUGAUAACUGUGCCAACAGCCAUGGCUCGCUGGAAACAAAGAGUCACAACAUCAGCCACAGAAUUCGACCUGCCAGAAAACCAGUUCCAUGCAGAUCAAUGCAGGAUCAAGAUUACAUGCGCUUUCUGCCAGGAGACUACAACUACCUCGACCCCAACUAUAUGCCUGCUAGCUGAUGACAUUAUGGGUACAUUAUUGGAGUAUGAGGAUGGGGCCAUGUUCCUCAGGUAGUUACAAUUGUCAUGCAAUGGAAUAGUUUUCUGUAUUUACAUGCAAGAUAGUGCACGUCAGUGUGAACAUUAAAUGCAAAGUUUAAAAAAUUAAACCUAUUUCAUACCUUUCAA